AUGUGUGACAAACCCAUCCAGCAGCUACACCAGAAGCGCCCGGCCAGCCUGCCCCUCGCUCCCAUCUCUGUUACUCUGCUGCUUCCAGGCUUCCUCUGUCAAUGUGACCCACCUGUCGAGGUCCCCGAGUCCCUGAUCGCUUGGACGGGGGCCUGUCUGUCCAUCCCGUGCCUCUAUCGAUCCUGUGUCCUGAACCCCAUAAAGACAAAGAAAUUGACCAUCAACUCCCUGACCUGGUACCUGAACCCUGGGUAUGACUCUGAGAAGAAAGAUUUCAAUGGCACCAUCCUGUAUAAACACAACACCUCCAUCAGCCCGGCCGUCACAGAGCGUGUGAGGUUCCUGGGGGACCUGGAGAGAGAUUGCAGCCUGCAGCUGUCUGACCUGCGGGCCAGCGAGAACGGCUCGUACGGGCUGAGACUGAUCGUCUUGAGCAUCGCGCAGAAGCCGGAGGAGAAGAAGUGGAUGACUAAGAUCAAUGUGAACGUGAUGGAUGCCCCUAAGGGAGUCCAGUUGAACGCGACACCCGGAGAGACUAUCCGAGAGGGGGACAGACUCGUGCUGAUGUGCAUGACCAAGGGCAGCAACCCCCCCGUCUCCACGUACAACUGGUAUAAGGACACACAGUGGCUGCACCAGGGGCAGGAUCAGAGGCUGGAGUUUGAAGCCAAGGGGGACGAGCAUUCCGGCUCCUAUCUCUGCCAAGCCACCAAUGAAAUACAGACGGUCCCAUCCCCAGCGCUACGGAUAGACGUCCAGUAUGCCCCAAAGGAUGUGCGUGUUGAACUGGUGGCAGGCUCUCACAUCCAGGAAGGGACCUGGGUUGUGCUCAGCUGCUCCUGCAGGGCUCAUCCGCCCGUCAGCAGCUACACAUGGUACAGAAACAGCCAGCACCUCCCAGCACAAACCCAGCAGGAGCUGCGGUUUGACCAGAUCCAUCCCGACCAGUCCGGUUCCUACCACUGUGAGCCUCGGAACACAGUCGGGAUGUCGGAAUCACCGGCCAUUACAGUCGACGUACAGUACCCCCCCAAGGAGGUACAAAUCACCCUUGAAAACCCCCAGCGCAUCCAGGAAGGCGACGCGGUGACGCUGAACUGCUCCGUGAGCAGCAGUAACCCCCCGGUGACCAAGUACACGUGGUACAAGGAUAACAGCCAGUAUCAGGAGACCCAAGAGAGCGUCCUGACCUUCCCUGCCACAAAGGAGCGGUCCGGUAGCUACAGCUGUGAGGCUCAGAACGCGAUCAGCUAUAGACAGUCUUCAUCUGUCUCAGUGGAUGUGCAGUACGCGCCCCAGCACGUCGCCGUGGUGCGGCAGCCGUCGGGGUCCAUCAAGGAGGGCGAAGCCGUGACCCUGGAGUGCUCCGUGGGCAGCGCCAACCCCUCUGCCCUGCACUACACCUGGUACAAGGACGAGGCGCGGCAGGGUGAGAACUCCAACAGGCUGAAGCUGGCGGCCGUGGUGUCGGCUGAUUCGGGCCAGUACCGGUGUGAGGCUAAGAAUGACGUGGGCACCACCCAUGCCGAGCCCAUCCCGCUGGACGUCUGGUAUGCCCCCCGGGAUGUACAGCUGUCCAUGGCCCCACAGGGGCAGAUUGUGGAGGGGAUGGAGGUGACGCUGCGGUGCUGGGCCGAUGCCCUCCCGCCCGUGCUGGGCUACGACUGGUACCGGGACGGCCAACUCCAGGAGCGGCAGACCCAGGACACGUUGAGCAUCUUGGCUGUGAAGGUCGGGGCGUCCGGGCACUACCACUGUCGGGCCAGAAACCAGAUCUCCUACGGGGACUCCUCGCCCAUCCGCCUCACCGUCUACUGUAAGGGGCCUGUGUGCUGGUGCCCCUCAACCCCGACCCGCAGCCCCGGCUAGCCCAGCACUGGGA